AUGUAUUCUGCCCCUCACCCAUCCCAACAACCAUCGCCAAUGACGAGCGAUCAAGCUUAUGUGCACACGUCUCAUACAACGAGUGAACAAAUACUUGCUCAAAAGGGAAAUUACUUGAAUGAUCAAGUAUUAGCUCAACACUGGUAUAACAAUAGUGGUCAACCAGCUGAACAAACAUAUCAAAUGGCUACUAAUCAGUAUGUUUCACCACCAGCUGCACAACAGUUACAUCUUCAACAACAACCAUACACUGCUUUAAAUCAAGGAAUGCAACAAUAUGUACCACCCUUGGUAGGACAACAAGUCACGUAUCAUCAUCAUCAAGCACCACUGUGCUCUUCGUACAUACCAUCGAAUAACUUUGUUCCUCCACCGUUGAUGAAUCAGCCGAUGGUAACGUCUACCCCUGCACCAACGAAUGUGAAUAAUCAGAUGGAGCAAGUUGCCAAGAGACAAAUUGAGGAUGUCAACCGAUCGUGUGAUACAAGUGAUAAUCAUCAACAAUCCUAUCAUCAAUCUCCUCGUCAUCGAGUUUCUCGAUAUUAUACACCGAAGAAGAUGAAGACCGUAACAAUAAAUGGUCAAAACAGUAUUGUCAAUCUAGAACCAUCUGUAUCGUCCAGUCAGAAAAAUUUACACGGGGUUGAAGUCUCGUCUGCAGCUUGGCGUUUCGCAACUACACGAUAUCCGUUCUCUCCAUUUAUACUUGCAUUUAAAAAUAUUGUAAAAGAUAAAAUUGUAAUUGACGAGGUGGUCAAACAUGCUAAGGAAAGGAAUAUUGAAAUAAAGAUUGCAGCUUAUCGUCACAAAUGCGUGGGUAACGAUUAUUCCGUUCUGGUAUUCGUCGAAGAUAUUAAUUCUUUCUGCUCCUUGAAUAAUGAUGAAAACUGGCCUACACUUUUAUGCAGUGAAAAUUUUGUUGUCAAAAAACCCUCUACUCCACCACAAUUAUGUAUUGUCGUACCGAAUGUCGCCUUAAACAGUGAUUGGGAGGAUUUUGUACAAUCUGUUAAAGAGCAGUACCAGGAGGUGAGCGAAGUUAUUCGUCUGAAGAAUCGUUUGCAGCACCCCGUGCGGGCUGUGAAAGUGGCCUUUUCCUGUGCUAAAUCGCGAAAUGAAGUUUUGCAACAAAAGGAAAUGUCGAUUGAUCACAUGAAGUACCGAGUGGUCGAGUAUCUAUCUCCAGCACAAAUUUUAAUAUGUGGAAACUGCUGCGAGAUUGGUCAUUUCCAAAAAAACUGUCCACAUCGUGAUACAACAACAUGCAAUGUUUGCGGUGUAAGCUGCAACGAUAUCAAAACGCAUGACUGCUCACGUAUACCAAAAUCCAUUAGGUGUGGUGAAGAUCAUAAAUCCACCGAUGCAAAAUGUCGUAUUGUAAAAGAUUAUCGUGCUGCUCUGACUCGGAAUCUCCUUCAACAACCUACUGCACCUUCAUCGGAAUUUGUUAAUGCAAAUCCAUCCCAAUCAGAUUUUCCACUCGCGUUUGCAAAGUACAAACAACCGUUCACUGCGAUAAAAGAAGAGUCAAAGAAAACACGUGAAACUAUAGAUGAUCUUCGUGAAGAAAUGCGCAGACGUGAUGAAGAAUCCAAAAAGCAGAUUGAAGUUGUCGAAAAGAACCUCCAUAGUUUAGAAGCUGAAUUUCAAAUAUAUAAAUCUAUGGUUAAUGGCAUCAUGCAAAAUGUUUGUUUAAUAAUUGCUCAUAAUGUUAAUGUAGCCGAAAAAGAUAAGGUAUAUCUCACAACAGAGGUUCAAAAACUUAAAGCAACAUGUUCUACAAUGUUGAAAUUCACCAAAUGA